AUGAAAGACGCCGGAAACAGUGCGUUUGUUUGUCCAAAUGAUCGUCAAUUACAGCUUCGAGCAAAACUUAGUUCCGGCUGGUCAUUUCAUUCAAGUCGUCCACUUGUAAAUCGUGUUAAUAGUCCAAUUACACCACCAAAUAAUCAAUCAUUACGUGAUGAAGAAAUUGAACGAAUUAAGAAAGUUCUUGAACGUGCUCAACGUAUUGAACUUCUUGAACAAGAACGUGUUGGUAAACUAAUCGAUCGUCUUGAAAAUAUGAAAAAACAUGCAACCGGUAAUGGAUCAUCACAAUGCGUCCUAUGUGCUGAUGGUUUUGGCAUGCUAGGCGCAUCAGCUGUUAUAUGUGUUGAUUGUCAUAAAUCUGUUUGCAAUAAAUGUUCUAUUGAAACUGUUUAUAAUCAACAAGUUAUAACUCUAUGUAAAAUUUGUAGUGAAAAUCGUGAAUUAUGGAAAAAAUCUGGUGCUUGGUUUUUUCGAAGUUUACCUUCACGAUCUAGUUUACCAGCAAGUGUAAAACCAUCUGCAUCGUGUAUUUCAGCUACACCAUUAAAAAAUGAUAUACUAACAUCAGAAGAUGAUUCAAGUUCUGACGAACAACAAAAUAAUACCAGCCGAUUAAAUCAACGACCUUCACCUGUUGCAGCUAUUCCACAUGAUCAUUUUACUACUGUAAAUCCAUUUCAACAAGUAUCUGAAAAUCCAAGUCCAAUAAGUGAACAUGAUCGAGAUGAAAGUAUCGAUUCAUUUAAAACUGAUACAAGAAGUUCAAAAGAGCUUUCAAUCGAGGAUUAUUUACCAACAUUACAAUCUCCUAUUCCAUCUAUGGCAUCAUCAUCAAUAAAUCUUCGUCCAUCACCAUCAAUUGUUGUAAAUACUUCAUCACCAAUUGAUGAUUGUGGAUUUGGUACAUUAGAUUUUGAAAUUAUUUGGAAAGAAUCUUUAAAUGUAUUAACAAUAACAUUAUUACGAGCAAGAAGUCUUCGAUCAUGUGAUUCAAAUGGACUUUCUGAUCCUUAUGUUAAAUUGCAUCUUGUACCUGGUGUUGCUAAAGCAACAAAAUUACGAAGUCAUACAAUUCGUCGAACAUUAAAUCCUGAUUUUGAUGAAACAUUAGUUUAUCAUGGUAUUUCUUUAGAAGAUAUGAAAACAAAAUCACUUAAAUUUUCGGUGUAUGAUGAAGAUUCAGUUGGUUCUGAUUUUCUUGGUGAAUAUCGUUUGAGAUUAUCAACAAUUCGUGCUGAUGUUAAAGAAGCUUAUGCAGUUUAUUUACAAAAUAAAACUGAAGAUAUUGAGCUUCCAACUGAUGAAGAUAAAAAUGAACGAGGAAAAAUUUUACUUAGUCUUAUGUAUUCAAAACCAACAAAUAAUUUUCAUGUGAAAGUAAUACGUGGUAGUCAAUUAUUACCCAUGGAUUUUGGUCAAACAUCAGAUCCAUAUUGUAAAUUAGUAUUAUUUCCUUCAACUGAUAUGGGUGUUAAAUGGAAUUUUAAAACAUCAGUUAAAAAACAUACAUUACAACCAGAAUAUAAUGAAGAAUUUAUUUUUCAACAUAUACAAUUACAAGAAUUAAUUAGUCGAACAUUACAAGUUACGGUUUUUGAUAAAGAUAUGGGAAAAAAAGAUGAUUAUAUUGGUGGUUUUCAAUUAGGACAAUCAGCAUCAGGUGAUGAUUUAAAACAUUGGUUGAUGAUGGUGAAAUCACCUGGACAAUGGGUUGAAAUGUGGCAUAAAUUAAAACCUGAACAAUUUUAUGCAAACUCGAAUCACCGAGAUUCGCAAAUAUCUCGAUAA